UCUGCAAAGAAACAUGGCAACAGAAUCCCCGCGCCGCCCCAGUCGAUGUACUGGAGGAGUGGUUGUUCGCCCACAAGCUGUCACGGAACAGUCGUAUAUGGAAAGUGUUGUCACCUUUCUUCAAGAUGUUGUGCCACAGGCCUACAGCGGUACCCCACCAGCAGAAGAAAAGGAGAAGAUCAUUUGGGUCAGAUUUGAAAAUGCAGAUUUAAAUGAUACAUCAAGGAAUAUGGAGUUUCAUGAAAUACACAGCACCGGGAAUGAGCCACCGUUACUGCUAAUGAUCGGCUACAGCGAUGGAAUGCAAGUCUGGAGCAUACCUAUCAGUGGUGAAGCUCAGGAACUCUUUUCUGUCCGCCAUGGUCCAGUUCGAGCUGCACGGAUUUUACCAGCUCCACAAAUCAGUGCUCAGAAAUGUGAUAGUUUUUCUGAGAAGCGGCCUCUUCUUGGUGUGUGCAAAAGCAUUGGAUCAUCUGGCACAAGCCCACCUUACUGUUGUGUGGACCUUUAUUCUUUGCGAACAGGAGAGAUGGUCAAGUCAAUACAGUUCAAAACUCCUAUUUAUGAUCUGCAUUGCAAUAAAAGGAUACUUGUUGUAGUCCUGCAAGAGAAAAUUGCCGCCUUUGACAGCUGUACUUUCACCAAAAAAUUCUUCGUUACAAGCUGCUAUCCUUGUCCAGGGCCAAACAUGAAUCCUAUUGCACUUGGAAGCCGUUGGCUUGCUUAUGCAGAAAAUAAGCUGAUCCGAUGCCAUCAAUCCCGUGGUGGAGCCUGUGGAGACAACAUUCAGUCUUACACUGCCACAGUCAUUAGUGCUGCCAAAACGAUAAAGACUGGACUUACAAUGGUUGGCAAAGUAGUUACGCAGCUGACAGGGACGCUGCCUUCAGGAGCAACUGAAGAAGAAAUUUUAGCUCAUAGCAACAUGCGUCGAAGUCCUCUGGUGCCUGGAAUCGUCACUAUCAUUGAUACAGAGACAGUUGCAGAAGGGCAGGUGCUUGUCAGCGAGGACUCUGACAGUGAUGGCAUUGUGGCCCACUUCCCCGCACAUGAGAAGCCUAUUUGCUGCAUGGCUUUUAAUCCUAGUGGGAUGUUGCUGGUCACUACUGACACAUUAGGCCAUGAUUUCCAUGUUUUUCAAAUACUGACACAUCCUUGGUCAUCAUCACAAAGUGCCGUCCAUCAUUUGUAUACACUUCACAGGGGAGAGACUGAAGCCAAA